AUGGAUCGUCGGUUGCCACCCGGAGCCACCUACCACCCGGCGGGGCAGAUUCCAGCUGGAGCCACAUACCAUCCGGCGGGGCAGAUCCCGGCCGGAGCCACCUACCAUCCGCCUGGUCAGAUUCCAGCCGGAGCCACCUUCCAUCCGGCUGCUCAGAUUCCGGCCGGAGCGUCGUACCAAACGGCUGGCCAGGUGCCACAUGGAGCCACUUUUAACCCCGGCAGCCAUCCGGCCGGAGGCUCAUACUAUCCCCAGGGACCCGUGGCCGGAGGAGUCCCUCCAGGCGCCACCUUCCUGCCCGCCGGAGGAGCCCUGCCCGCAGGAGCUGUUUUCCAUCCACAGGCGCCUCAAAAAUCUAGCUCAGGCUUGGGAUUGGGCACUGGUCUCAUUGCUGGAGCCUUGGGUGGUGCCAUCCUGAGAGAAACAAUAUCAUCAUCAAUCCCUUCAACCCAAACCAGCAUGGUGGACAGAGAGGAAGGCGGCGACGACGAGAUCACCAUUAUCGACAACGGAGCAGUCCCACCUGUUUUUGCAUCUCCUCCUGCUUCUGACUUCCAGGAAGAUCUUGUUGCUGAUCCUUCGGCUCUUGCCCCUGAAACUCCAGUUGCCCCUGAAACUCCAGUUGAAGCUGAACCUGUAGUUGAUCCGGAUGACCUCUAUCCAGCGGAUCCCAGUUACCCAGUUUAUUCUGCACCUGACGCCUCUGCUGACCCCAGUGCCCCGCCCGCUGGACAGAGUAUUUGUGUGGUCGUGAAAGUACCACAACCAGAUCCGAAGGAUCCCACCAAGACGAUCGAGGUGGACCAGAGCGCCUGCUAUGAAGAAUCAACGGCGGAAACUGAUCCUUCGGCCAUUGGAUGGGACUAA